GAAGACCCCCCCCCCCAACCCCCCAAAGCUCAGGAUCUAUGGGGCAGAGCGGAUCUGUGGGGCGGGGCCUGGCUAUGGGGCAGCGCUGCUGUGGGGCGGCCCUGACCGGGCUGUGCCGUGGGGCAGCGGCGCUGCUGGGGCUGCCGGGGUUCCCCCGGGCCCACGCGCUGCUCCUGGGGGCACUUGUGGGGCUGGGGCCGCUGCUGAGGGGGCGGGGGGACCCCCACAGCGUGCUGGCCUCGCCCCAUAACCGGCUGGAGGCCCGCCUGACCUCCAGCGCCGCCGCCUGGACCUGGCUCCUGAUUGGCUCCCUCCUGGUGGCCUCCCACCCUUGGCUCCGCCCCCCCUGGGGCUCCGCCCUGCGCGCCCUCGCCCGAUUGGCCGUCGCGCUGGCGCUUUCCCGCGCCGGCCACGCCCUCGGCCACGCCCUGGAGGCCGCCACGGGUUGGUGCCGAAGCCCCGCCCCCCAGGGCAUCCUGCUGCUCCCAUUGGACGAUCCGGGGGCGUGUCGGGGGGCGGGGCACACCUGGGAGGGGUUUGGCCCCGCCCCCCAGGCCUUCGCCCUGGUGCAUUGUGGGUUGGGAUUGGCCGAGGAGGCGGCGGCGCUGGGGCGGAGCCUCUACGGGGGGAGGGGCAAGAUGGCGGCCGAGGAGCGCGGCAAGAUGGCGGCCGGAUAUGACGUCAGGGAGGAAUUCAAGAUGGCGCCCAGGUCCAAGAUGGCGGCCGGAUACGAGGUGGGAGAAGAAUCCAAGAUGGCGGCCGGAAGAGGCUGGGCGUGGCCGCGGCCGAUCCGAUUGGAGUGGGCGGAGCCUCCGCAUGCAAAUUACGGCUGGGGCCGCCCGCUGACACCGGAAGGGGCGGGGCCUUCCUAUUACGGCUGGGGCGGCCAUCUUGGACGGCCAUUUUGGGGCAGGGGCGGCCAUUUUGAACCUCGAGGCGGCCAUUUUGAAAGCGGCCAUCUUGAACCUCACGGCGGCCAUCUUGAACCUCACGGCGGCCAUUUUGAACCUCACGGUGGCCAUUUUGAACCUCACGACGGCCAUUUUGAACCCCGAGGCGGCCAUUUUGAAGGCGGCCAUUUUGAAAGCGGCCAUUUUGAGAGCGGCCAUCUUGAACCCCGCCUCAGCCGUUUCGACGUCGGCCAUUUUGACCGCGCCGGCGGCCAUCUUGCCCCCGGCCAACCUCCACGCCGCGGCCGCCAUCUCGCUCGCCGCGGCGGCCAUUUUGAAGGCUCCGGCGGCCAUUUUGGAGGGGAGGAGCGCGCGCCGCCGGCGGCGCUCUCGGUGCUCUACCUGCUGGCCUUGCUGCUCCUGGUCACGUGGCACUUCCUGCUCGUCGUCACCCUCACCUACCGCAACACCUGGGCGCGGAACGCCGCCGGCGCCGCGCUGGGCUGGGCCGCGUGGGCGGUGACGUACCGGGGCUGGUACCGGUGGGCGUGGUCACCGGGGCCGCCGGGGUGGGGCUGA